UAAUUUUGGUCUCUAAUUUUUUCUUUUUUCUUUUUUUUUUUUCCCAUCCUUAGCCCCUUUCCCAAUUGUCAUAUUUGAUCGAUUUCUAAAGAAAACCUCCCUUAUAUAUUCACACAAACUAAAUAAAAAUCUCUGCUUUUUUACAUUACGAAGAAGAAGGGCUCUUCUCUCUACUUCUUCCUCUGUAUCAUCAUCUCCUUUUUUGGAUUUUACAGAAGCCCAGAUUGAUUUUCUUUGAUUUGCUCAGAGAGAGAGAGAGAUAUGGGGAGAGGAAGGAUUGAGAUUAAGAAGAUUGAGAAUGUCAACAGUCGUCAAGUCACUUUCUCCAAAAGACGAAACGGUUUGUUUAAUAAGGCUAAAGAGCUUUCGAUUCUCUGUGACGCCGAUGUUGCUCUUAUCAUCUUCUCCAGCACCGGCAAGAUUUACGAUUUCUCCAGCACCUGUAUGGAGCAAAUUCUUUCAAGAUAUGGAUACACUACUGCGUCUGCUGUUCAUAAACAAAGAGAACAACAGCUUCUACUUGGUGCUUCACAUGACAAUGAAGCUGUGUUGCGAAAUGAUGAUUCUAUGAAGGGGGAACUUGAAAGAUUACAGCUUGCCACUGAGAGAUUGAAGGGUAAGGAGCUUGAUGGUAUGAGUUUCCCGGAUCUUAUUUCUCUUGAAACCCAGUUGAACGAGAGCUUGCGUAGUGUCAAGGAUCAAAAGACAAAACUGUUGCUCAACCAGAUUGAAAGAUCCAGGUUACAGGAGAGAAGAGCAUUGGAAGAAAAUCAAAUCUUGCGCAAACAGGUAGAGUUGCUGGGGAGAGGUUCAGGACCAAAAGUGUUGAGUGAAAUACCUCAAGCUUCUAGCCGAGAAGAUGCUGAUCCCGAGAGCUCUUCAUCAGAUGAUGAUGAGAAUGACAACGAGGAGCAUCAUUCAGACACUUCCUUGCAGUUGGGGCUGGCAUCGACGGGGUAUUGUACAAAGAGAAAGAAGCCGAAGAUGGAACAGGUCUGCGAUAACUCUGGGAGUCAAGUGGCUUCUGAUUAAUGGAAUCAAACUAUUCUUCUAAUCAUGGUGUUUAGGAAUUUUCAAUGUAUCUUCUCGUUCCUGGCUCUGUCGCUUUACUUUUAACUUCGUCGUCUCAAGUAGAGUUUUGCUUUAAAUGUUUAGGUGAACAUUUUUUCUUAAUCAAGAAGGGAUUUGAUUAAUCUAAUAGUAUGAUAUUAGAAUUUCUUA